CCUCGGCGACGAGAGUGAGCGUACGGACAAGAGUAUGUGGCCAACCAGAAAGUGCCUAUCGUCAAGCCUUCGGAUCUAGCCGAAUUGCGCCAUCUUCAUCUUAUCAGACCGAGGCGGUUUGUCAGGAGCCCGCCGUAUACUACCUGCUCGUCGCGCUCGCUUUCGUUUGUUCUCGCACCACCCAGCACUAUUGGAUUGCGCACUUAAGCCUAGCAGACAUGACGGCUCUUCCAGAGAACUACAAGGAAAUUACCUCUGCCGAGCAUUUUCAGGGCUUGCUCUCUGCGGAUCUGCAGCGGGUCUCUUUGAUCAAUUUCUGGGCUCCAUGGGCAGAGCCAUGCAAGCAGAUGAACGAGGUUGUGCUGGAACUUGCACGGAAGUACCCUCAGCUGCUUGUCCUUCAAGUAGAGGCCGAGUCACAGUCUGAUAUCGCUGAAUCAUUUGAGAUCGAGGCCGUGCCUGCGUUCAUCGUCCUCAGGGGGCAUACACUGCUCGCUCGCAUAUCUGGUGCCGACGCCACUGCUCUCACAGAGGCAGUCGCCACCCACACGCGUCCUGCGUCGUCUGUGAAGGCUCUUUCCCAGACAGACCGUGCGCCUGCUGACCCCGAGAAGGAGGAGACACCGGAGGAGCUCAACGCUCGUCUGGGGCGUCUCAUGGCGACGGACAAGGUCGUUCUCUUCAUGAAGGGCGAGCCUGAUGCACCUCGCUGCGGAUUUUCCCGGCGUAUGGUCGCAUUGCUGCGCGAUCAGGGGGCACAGUUCUCCCACUUUGACAUCCUGUCGGACGACAAAGUGCGGUCGGGCUUGAAGGUACUAAACAACUGGCCGACUUUCCCGCAGUUGAUCGUCAACGGCGAGUUCGUCGGUGGUCUUGAUAUAGUGCAGGAAAUGGUGGAGAAUGGAGAGCUGAAGGAUAUGCUGGCAUGAGCGAUGUUUUCAAAUAGUGUAGUCUCAUUUUUUUCCUUCUCAGGAUGUAACUGUCAUGUUGUUGGCAUUGUUUCUAUAUCACAGAUGUAUGCAUACUCGAUGAAGCCUGGACAAUCGUGCUGCUU